GCUGGAUGUCGGCCCCGUGAUAAAGGGGAGCGGCUGCUCCGGAGCCUUUUCCCGGGGCGCCUCCUCAUCCCGCCAGCCCUCCGCAGCCACCCGGCUCCUGGGCGCGGGGCCCCCGCGGACGAUUCGUCCGCGCAGAUCUUUGCUGGAGAGGCGCUGCCGGUGACGGGUACUGGCCGGCGGCGUCCGAGGCCCGCGCCCCACCGCCACCCCCACCGGCCUGCCGGCCGGUCCCUUUGGCCGCCGCCAUGUCCUCCUCCUCAUCCUCCCCCAGGGAGACGUACGAGGAGGACCGGGAUUACGAGAGCCAGGCCAAGCGCCUCAAGACCGAGGAGGGGGAGAUCGAUUACUCGGCCGAGGAAGGCGAAAACCGCCGGGAAGCGACGUCCCGGGGCGGGGGCGAUGGCGGCGGCGGCGGCCGGAGCUUCUCACAGCCGGAGGCUGGUGGAAGUCAUCAUAAAGUUUCUGUUUCACCCGUUGUCCAUGUUCGAGGACUCUGUGAAUCUGUGGUGGAAGCAGACCUUGUGGAGGCCCUGGAAAAAUUUGGGACAAUAUGCUAUGUGAUGAUGAUGCCGUUUAAACGGCAGGCUCUGGUGGAAUUUGAGAACAUAGAUAGUGCCAAAGAAUGUGUGACGUUUGCUGCAGAUGAACCUGUGUACAUAGCUGGUCAGCAGGCUUUUUUCAACUAUUCUACAAGCAAAAGGAUCACUCGGCCAGGAAAUACUGAUGAUCCAUCAGGAGGCAACAAAGUUCUUCUGCUGUCGAUUCAGAAUCCUCUUUAUCCAAUUACAGUGGAUGUUUUAUAUACUGUAUGCAAUCCUGUUGGAAAAGUGCAGCGUAUUGUAAUAUUCAAGAGAAAUGGGAUACAAGCAAUGCUUAUGUUUGAAUCAGUCCUGUGUGCCCAGAAAGCUAAAGCAGCUCUCAACGGAGCAGAUAUAUAUGCUGGAUGUUGCACACUAAAAAUUGAAUAUGCAAGGCCAACUCGUCUAAAUGUUAUCAGGAAUGACAAUGACAGUUGGGACUACACUAAACCAUAUUUGGGAAGACGAGAUAGAGGAAAGGGUCGCCAGAGACAAGCCAUUCUGGGAGAACACCCUUCUUCGUUUAGACAUGAUGGCUAUGGAUCCCAUGGUCCAUUAUUACCUUUACCGAGUCGUUACAGAAUGGGCUCUCGAGAUACACCUGAGCUUGUUGCCUAUCCAUUACCACAGGCCUCUUCCUCUUACAUGCAUGGAGGAAAUCCCUCUGGUUCAGUUGUAAUGGUUAGUGGAUUACAUCAACUAAAAAUGAAUUGUUCAAGAGUCUUCAACCUAUUCUGCUUAUAUGGAAAUAUUGAAAAGGUGAAAUUUAUGAAGACCAUUCCUGGUACAGCACUGGUAGAAAUGGGCGAUGAGUAUGCUGUAGAAAGAGCUGUCACACAUCUUAACAAUGUCAAAUUGUUUGGAAAAAGACUUAAUGUUUGUGUGUCUAAACAACAUUCAGUUGUUCCAAGUCAAAUAUUUGAGCUGGAGGAUGGUACAAGUAGCUACAAGGAUUUUGCAAUGAGCAAAAAUAAUCGCUUUACAAGUGCUGGCCAAGCAUCUAAGAAUAUCAUCCAGCCACCCUCCUGUGUGCUGCACUACUAUAAUGUUCCAUUGUGUGUCACAGAAGAGACCUUCACAAAGUUGUGUAAUGACCAUGAAGUUCUUACAUUCAUCAAAUAUAAAGUGUUUGAUGCAAAACCUUCUGCCAAAACACUUUCUGGGCUUUUAGAAUGGGAGUGCAAAACGGAUGCAGUGGAAGCCCUCACAGCACUAAACCACUAUCAGAUAAGAGUCCCAAAUGGUUCCAAUCCCUAUACAUUGAAGCUUUGCUUUUCUACAUCAUCCCAUUUAUAAGAAGAGACGAGCAUGUUAGAAUUUAUGUUUUACCUUUAUUACAAUUUUAAAGCUAC